GCAGUGCUUUGGUGACUACAGAAGCUUAAGCGAAAUGCUGAUGUUGGUGCUGGUGGCGGCGACCAUGGGGCUCUGUCCGCUGGUCAGAGCUCAGCCGCUGUGCCGUGCUCGCACAGUGAAGACAGGAAAAGUGUUUAAUGUCGUGCAGGAAGUUGAUGGGGAUGUCCUGUAUUUCCCAUCUAUGACACCACGCGUGAUUAAACAUCCUUGCCGGAAAAACGUAGCUGUAUACCUUGGAAGACAAAUUUUUUUCACGACAGAUGACUUUGAGAGUAGCCUUCGUCCUUUAACCAUCCCUACAUCAAUGCAGGUUGGCGUGCCAGCAGUGACAUCAGCCCAUUUUAUUGGUCCAUCAUUGCUGUUAGUAGUGAAUUGGAAAGUCUAUAUUUAUAAUUUUGAAGAUGCUUCCUGGGAAGUGCCUGUUGGUAUACGACACCCUGUUUCUCACAUUUCUGGUGAUCAUUGUUGUUACGUUGGCAAUACCUUUUGUGUGCAUAUGAGUUUCUCAAUUUUCGCAUAUUUGCAUGGAGAACCGGUAUCUCGGGCCCAUAUAUAUAAGUCAACCACUGGGGGACGCAGAUUUAAGAAGUAUACCUAUAUAGGACAGGGCACAUUCAAGUACUCACACCACCCCCUCAACCGGAGUUUGGGGUUGGCCUUUGACUACAACGAGACGCUUGACGUCCUCAUCAUCCCAGGCCACAGAGGCCUUCUGAUCCUCUGGUCUGAUAGGAGCCUAUUGUAUUCCCACAACUCAGGCCAGCUCGUCGACUCCAUCCCAGUGAAAAGAGGAGAGCAGAUCUUGUACCGUUCCAUCUCACAAGCCAACAUCACCAUCCACACCAUCGCUUUCAAUGAAAACGAACUGGCAGUUUUAACCAAGGAGGAUCGUUUGUAUUACGGCAGUCUGAGGCUCCUGUCAAGCUCUAUAAUCAAAAUAGAAUAUCUAGAUGGAAACUUUCUAGAGAAAAUGUACACCAUCGAUAUGCACAGCAAGCUGGAGUUUUCUGCGGCUCUCAUAACCAGGCUGGGCACGUCCCCGAUCCCGCUGGUGAUGGUGAGCAACCCGCACUCCCUGGGGCUGCAGGCCUCCAUGUCAGAGAACGGCAACACUCUGGACGGGACCAUCCUGUACCAACUGGAAAUUUACUUGAAGCAGCAGCAGCACUGGGGCAGGACGGACCCCAACUUCACGUCCAGCCUAAGACGAGCCACCAUAUCUACAUUAACUGUGGACAUAGCCAACAAGGAAAUGUCAUGUGUGGAUAUCAAGCCACUGUCCACACUCAUUUCAGUCGGUUGUGACCUGGAAAAAAAGAUCGUCGUUCAGAACAAAAUCUCAGCCUGUUCCAAGGGCGUCCUGGACCCCAUGGCGCUUCAGGACAACCACACCUACAUCAUCGAGAAGGAAUUCUACGACCUCAGUUUCCAGGGGCGAAAGUCCACUGAGGACCUGGUGGUGUAUUACCCCUACAACCGGCUGGGCUGUCCUCGCCUGGUCUACUACGACACUCCCUGGAGGCCCGUGGUCGAGCUGUGGAAACAAGGUCAUUUCCAGGAGGUGAUCCAAGCUGAGUACGUCCUGAGGGAGGUGAGCGGGGUGUUCACGUACUCCUACUCCCUGACAGCCAAGGAGGCGCGGUGCGUGUCCCAGCCGCAGAACUGGACCACCAUCAUCCAGGAAACAGAAGGGCUCUUCUGGGACAGAGAGAACUAUGUGAGCUGCCACGACUCGGAAAACAGCGCCCCCUUGCGGUGGCCAGAGGUCCAGUACCAGAUCUUGGGUGGCCGGACACAGAACUCGAUCAUUUUUGACCAAAGGAACGGCAUCUACAUCUUCUUCCUGUCCAUCGUGGAUCCGUACUACAGCUACUGUCACCUGCAGACCACCUUCAGCAUCUACGUGCACGGGGCCUACCCACUGCUUAUCCUGCCGCCUGGGCUCACCAUUGCGAUGCUGGUGGCCAGCAUCCUGCUGUCCGUGUGGCUGGCCUACGUGGUCCCCAAGGUGCUGCACACCGAGAAGGGCCACAGGAUCAAGAGGUUUGGGGCCAGGCUGUGCUGGAGGUGCAAAAGGUUGUGCACAUGCCACUGGCCAAGAUCCCCCAAGCUGGCACUGGAGGAAAAUAGGAAGCCCCCGGGAAAACGCCUCACUUCUUGGGAAGCCAGCGCCGAUCUCUGA